AUGUGGUGUUUUUCGAUUUUUUUAAAUGAUUACGACUUGAAUUGUGUGACGUCUGACCGCGUUCAAAUGGAGUUCUGUGAUUGGCUGACCUGCCGGUACGUCAAGAUGGCGGCCCCCAUUGCUGCCGUGCUGUUGCUCUUAGCUGGUACGGUUGGUCCUGGUCUGUGUUCGCAUCCAGACCUGGCGCUCGGUAGGGCGGAACUGGGACGAGUUCGGAGCCUGGCCAAACACUCCAAAUACGGAGAAUGUUGGGCGCAUGCGCUGGAGCAGCUCGACGAGCACUGCCGGGAGAUGACGUCAGAGACACAGGGUCGUCUGGCGCUCAAAUUCACACACUGUCACCUGAGCAGCUCAGGCAGGGAUUUCCCUCCGUGUCCCAAGGGGUCAGAGGUCAGCAGUUGCACUGCCUCGAUGGACAGUGUGGCCUUCAACACUUAUACCGAGUUCUUCACGCACACGUACUCCAUUUGUCACUUCCUGCACUCUGAAGCCUGGCACAACCGCGCUGAGAACACCAUGCACAGGUUGACAGAAAGUUCUGCAGGUGUAGUGGAACAGCUGGAGUCCACCAAGCAUAUGGCUGAGGAACUGAUGGAAGCCCAGAGUGUCGCCUUGCAGGCACAGCAUGAGAUCCUGGACAGUGGGGAGGAGCUAAGAGUUACCCUGAGAGACUCCACCCAGGGUCUGAGGUCAAUGUUCUCCGAGUUGAGCAGCGUCUCCAAGGAGCAGCAGUUGGUGCUUUCGGAGCUCUUCAGCAGAGUCUCCUUCCUGCAGAACUUCCUGAUGAUGGAGACGCACAGUGUCACUUCCUGUCUGUACAACGCCGCCGCCCUCUGUGCCUCCUUCCUCCUGACCUCCACCCAGCGCUCUUCCAGAGCCAGAUUGGUGUUGCUGGGUCUGGUGUGUUUGAACUUCUACUUGGAGAGGAAGAUCUACCAUUUUGUGAUGACUUCCGAUCAUUCUGAGCACACGCUGGAGCUGCUCAGUGUUUACAUUGGCAUGUUGAGGAGGUUCAUGGUGGGCGUGGCAUUGUUGGUGCUGCUCUGGGUGUGCGUUCGUUACAUGGACCCGGGUCAGCAGAGUCUUCUGGUGCUGCAGCAGCUACGAGAUACACAUUGUCGCCUGCAGGAGACGCUACAGAGAGCAGAGAAUUUGGGGCAAUGGAAGAAGACGGAAGAGACUCAGUUGGAGAGAAGACGAAAAGAGACGCUAGAGAGGAAAAAUGGAAGUAAUGAGGAAGAAGAGGAGGAUACGUUGGUGUCUCCAAGCACGGACACAUCUGACCUGUCACAACUGUCAAUCAUUGGUUGGAGCUCUGACGGUCUUCUCAGUAGUACCCUGAUCACCACGGCAACAGACACCGUUAUUACCCAUGAUUCCUCAGUGACUCCUGGUCGACGUACACGCCGCAGAUCCUCCUCUACCACCUCCCCUGUGGUCUACAGCGUCCUGGUGGAGGACAGAAAGUCUCGUUACAGCCUCAGGAGCCGGAAAUCCCAAAACUUCUAAUGAAUUUUUUUUUUUUUACCGUUUUUAUCUUCUGGUUCAAUAAAGUUUUUUUUAUUUUUUUUUUAAGAGUGAACUGUGUGUUGGCAACAUGACUUUUUGACCGAGUGGACUUUCAUGGAAAAGUGGAAAUGACAGAUGUUGUCACAUCAGGACCAGAUCAUUGGCUCCUAACUUCCUAUAUCACAACAUAUCAUAGCAGUCCACAGAUGCAACCCCAUAGUACUGACUGAUGACAUUCUAGCAUCCGCUAAGCAUUCACACCUAAAGCAGCUGUUUUUCCACAAAGUGACACAUAUUUUUCAAAUGUGUGUCAAACCGCAAUGGAAACAGGAAGUAGUGGAGCCCCCCGGUGGU